CUAAAGGCUACUAAAGUGAGAGGAAUCUCAGAGCAGCCCGGAUGAGACAGCAAUAGAGUCACAGGACGUGGCCGGGACUCGGGUAGAAGACGUUUCUCCGCGUGUGUACAGAUGGUUUAGCAUCGGGCUGUGAGGGAUUUACAGCCUUGUGAGAGUACAGCCUGAAAAGGGCCUGCCCUUCUUGCCCAGGGCAGUCCAGACGUCAUUUCACUGGGAUGCAAGCAGGCCGGUCCCGCUCCCUGAGAUGACAAAGUAAAGAGCGGCUCCUGAGGCAGAUUGGACGACGUUCGACAUUCUCAAUCUAGGUAAUCGAACAGAUUGCUAGGGCUAUGUUUCGAAUCCAUCGAUUACGGCGGUCGGGAGCAACUGUUGGCGCUUGUUCGGACUUUAAUACAGUCGGAGUUUCAACCUGGCAGAGGCACAGCCCCCACACCCCUUGUUGUCUUCAUCAUCCUUCCCCUCCCGGGCCUUCUCUGUGUCUCUCAUCUCUCAGUCUCCCUUCACGACUUUUCUCUGUCUCAUUUCAUCUAUCAUCAUCGCGAAUGACGGAAAGCACGCACAGACUCGACCUCCGAGUGGGCGGAAAGUAUAGGCUCGGUAAAAAGAUCGGUUCUGGGUCUUUCGGCGACAUCUAUCUCGGGAUAAACAUCAUCUCCGGAGAGGAAGUAGCCAUCAAGCUCGAGUCAGUCAAGGCCAAGCAUCCCCAGCUCGAGUACGAGUCCAAAGUGUACAAGACCCUCGCAGGGGGUGUCGGUGUUCCAUUCGUUCGAUGGUUCGGUACGGAGUGCGACUACAAUGCCAUGGUUCUCGAUCUGCUUGGCCCCUCUCUGGAGGACUUGUUCAACUUCUGUAACCGCAAGUUCAGCCUCAAGACGGUCUUGCUCCUUGCUGACCAAUUGAUUUCUCGAAUCGAAUACAUCCACUCGCGCAACUUCAUUCAUCGCGACAUCAAGCCCGACAAUUUCCUGAUGGGCAUAGGAAAGCGAGGCAACCAGGUCAAUGUGAUUGACUUUGGUUUGGCCAAGAAAUUCCGCGACCCAAAGACCCAUCUCCAUAUCCCGUACAGAGAGAACAAGAAUCUGACCGGCACAGCCCGUUACACGUCUAUCAACACCCAUCUUGGUGUCGAACAAGCCCGUCGGGACGAUCUCGAGUCACUCGCAUACGUCCUCAUGUACUUCUUGCGCGGCGCACUCCCCUGGCAAGGACUUAAAGCGGCGACGAAGAAGCAGAAGUACGAUCGCAUCAUGGAAAAGAAGAUGACGACGCCCACCGACCUCCUCUGCCGUGGUUUCCCCAACGAGUUUGGAAUUUUCCUGAACUACACCCGUGCUCUUCGCUUCGACGACAAGCCUGACUAUUCUUACUUGCGCAAACUUUUCCGGGACCUCUUUGUUCGCGAAGGUUAUCAGUACGACUACGUGUUCGACUGGAGUGUGCAACGUGGGGCGCAGGACGAUGCUAGCGCGGGCACGAGCAAGGCUGCGCCUGGGGGCAGGCGCAAGGUUGUCCAGGAAGAGGAGGACCACCGUGCCAGCGACAGAAUGCUGCGUUCGCACACGCGUCAGGCUCAGCAGUCGCCUGGUGCUGUUGGUCAGCAGCGGCCUGCACGUGGACGGGAAUCGGAUCUCUGGUAGAUGAGCAGUUGGGCUUCUGUCUCUGGAGUGUUGCGGGUACGUCCCAGGAGAGGCUGAGCAAGGGGGAGGAUGGCAGGUGAAAGCGGUGUGCUCAGUCAGUUUAUGGAAGGGGGUCACCACGGUUGUGUGGAUUCGAAGAACGCAAGGAACCAGCGCGCGCGGUUCACAUUAGAGAAACGCGGCGUCGACAAUGCCCGGUCCCGAUCGCCUUCUUUCUCGGUUUCUACUUAUUGCGUCGAGCGGCACGUCGAGCACUUCUUUUUGCGCGCGCGACGCGACAGACAGCACCGUCAUCGACCCCCCAGGUGCUACAUAUCUUUAAUCCACGGACGCUAUUUCUUUUCACGCCAGGUGUCCUUUGCGGCACGCUCGGCCGCCCUUACUUCCUGAUCGCCUCUCACACAUGCCCCAUUAUCAUAUUGUGCGCCCGUGUCUGUUUGUUCAACCACUAAUUUCCUUCCACUUGCUACUACCAUCCCCAAUCAUCCCAUUACCAGCGCACUGUUGCUUUCCUGUACAUAUCGAUCCAUACGUCCACGAUUAUCCCAACACACUCUUUCCCUGGUCCUUUUUUCCCUUCCCCGUCACGAUUUGGCUUGUCAUGUUUUCCCCCCUGGCUCCUGCAUUUGUUGUCCUCCAUUCUAGGAGAGGGCGUCCCGGAGAGGUGUUGGUUGGUGGUGAAGAAGGUUGAAUGGCUGUUUGUUGCUAGCAUAUAGUCGUAUACAGAUGAAAUUCUAUACAUGUUAUAGCCCGAAGCAGUCUACUCGGAAUUACUCCAGUCGAGCAGUCGUGUUACACCGCCAUGCCAGUCUCGCACUCGUUUAGCAGCGAUCCAGCUCAUUGUGCUGCCUUCUGUGCCUACGUGUCCGAUCCCUGCAGACAGAACGACAGAGUCGAUCAGGAUCGGAUACCAGACCCCCAAUCGCUCGCGCGUCUCGAGUCCCACGUGGUCGAUGUAGUGCCAGCCACGGGCGGAGACCAGCUUCCACCACUCGGGGUCGUCUUCGUCACUUGUGAUAAUCACGUGGCGGACGUGGAUGCCUCGCUCGGCCAGUUCUGCCUGAACCUCCUCGACUUGCGCCGCAUAGCCGUCGAGUGUCGGAAGGCACAGACCCUGCGAGAUUUUGCCUCCGGAACAAUUGAGUUGCCACUCACUUAGUGUUCACAGACAGGGGGAAAACGCACGGGUGGGAUCAAAUCGACGCCGCCGAGCGCGAUCCGAGUGUAUUCUUCGGCGAGUUGUUCUAGACGUGGCGUCCAGCGCAUGUAUCUUCCGACGAAUCGCCAUGCGGGGCUGGACAACGUUGAUUUGCUUAGUAUACGCGAGAUCCUAGCUUGGAGGAGGCAAGGUUUGUCUCACCUAAAAUCG